AUGGAAGCCCUGCCUGAUGUAGCUGUUUUGGCGACUCGACUUAAAAAUACUCUUAUCCAGUACCACAACCUUGAAGAUGAAAAGUGGCGAGUUGCUAAGAAGACGAAAGAUGUAACAAUUUGGAGGAAACCUUCAGAAGAAUUUAAUGGAUAUCUUUUCAAAGCCCAAGGUGUGAUAGACGAUGUUGCCAACAGUGUAAUAGACCACAUACGCCCAGGCCCCUGCCGCUUGGAUUGGGACAGCUUAAUGGUCUCUUUGGAUAUUUUGGAGAACUUCGAGGAGAAUUGCUGUGUUAUGCGUUAUACAACUGCAGGUCAGCUUUGGAAUAUAAUCUCCCCAAGAGAGUUUGUUGACUUCUCCUAUACUGUGGACUAUAAAGAAGGGCUUUUAUCCUGUGGGAUAAGUCUUGACUGGAGUGAAAAGAGAUCUGAAUUUGUUCGUGGAUAUAACCAUCCCUGUGGUUGGUUUUGUGUUCCUCUUAAAGAGAGUCCAAGCCGGAGUCUUUUGACAGGCUAUAUUCAGACAGAGCUGCGUGGAAUGAUUCCCCAGUCUGCAGUAGAUACAGCUAUGGCAAGCACUUUAAUCAACUUCUAUGGUGAUUUACAAAGAGCCCUAAAAAAGAAAGAGACCUGUCCUAACUUCCUAAAAAGCAAAUGGGAUGAAGAACCAUAUGCUAAGAAGAAGUCUGGAGCACGGGAAACUGUUCCUAGCUGCUACCAAAAAGAAGCCUACAAAAUCCCACUGAGGUUCUAUGUGCAGCCCUUCUUGAAUGAGGAAACCUGUUCGCCCACCGCAGAUUUGGGUUUGUGA